UAAAUUUAACUAAUAUUUAUAUUAAUAAAGUACAAAUUCGAAUAACUCUAUUUAACUUUUUGUAAAGUUAAAUAGAGUAAAGAACGAAAUGAAAAGCGGAAAUAAACGGAUGAAAAAUUAAUCAAGAUCAAAGAUUUAUCUGCAUAACUUUAGAAUGGUUAAAUCGCCAGAAGAUAUUGAAGAAAAAGCAUUUAUAGAAAAAGCAUUUUUUAAAUUAACUAAAAAUUAUAUCCAACAAGGGGCUGUGAUAAAUGAUUUAAAAUCUAUUACUAUGAUUGCUAAUCCAAAAAGUGCCAAGAAUCAUAGCUUCAGAACGCGUUCGAAGAAAUUGCUGGUGAUGUUAUUAAUGCCAUUUCUUUACGGCAUGUUUAAUAGAUAUGUUUACAAUAAUAUAAUUAAGAAUUUUCAAGGAACUCGAUGCUUACUACCGAACAAUUACCUUAUAUGGGAGUUUACAAGACCGAUAACUAAUUGCGAUUACUGUCGCGACGUCAAAGCGCCGCUAAUCUUGCCGAAUUUGACCAAAGAGGAAUUUCGCUUUUAUUCCUAUUCAUCUCGACCUAUGAUAAUAAGGAAUGCAGCCUAUGAUUGGCCUGCGCAUAAAGAAUUUACUUUGAACUUUUUUCGGAACUUGUAUGAGCGUAUCGAGGGUGCUUACGAGUCGAUAGAGGAGGAAUGUCAGUUUUUACAUUUUAAAAGUAAUUUCGCAAACCUGCGCGAGGUAUUUGCGAUGAGUGAAGGUCGAGCGUCACAUCGCGAGGGUGAAGAUCCUUGGUAUGUCGGCUGGAAAAAUUGCCAUCCACAAAUUCUAGAUACUAUGAAGCAAUUUUACAAUAUACCUCAUUUUUUGCCGGAUGACGCGGAAAUUCCUUAUAGCAAUUACAUUUUCAUGGGCUAUGAGGAAGGUGCCGUUAUGCAUUUGGAUUACAUAUCGAGACUCAUGUGGCAAGCUCAAGUAAUAGGUAGCAAAACGUGGACCGUGGCUCCAACACCGGAAUGCGAUAGCGAAUGUAAAUCUUUUAAAUUUUCCGUCAAUGUAACGGAUGUCGUACUGUUGGAUACGCGGAUUUGGUAUCACAGUACUCACAUCGAAAAUGGAAAUCUUAGUUUGACAGUCACCUCAGAGUACGGAUAGACUUUUAAAACUUUUUACGCAUUCCAGAGCGUAAUCUAUAACGUACAAAAAUUGUUUGGAUAGGAUUCUAGGCAGUUGUUUUUUUAUCUUUUUGCAAAUCUCGAUUGGAUACAAUAUAUGCCUUUUAACGUCUGUUAUGUCGUUAUUCGAUGUUUUUCGAUCUUUUGUUACUGCAAUGAAUAAAAUUAUAUUGUUAAACGGCAAGAUUUGAACGCAUUUUCAAUGAAUAACUAUUGAGUUCACAUAAGAGAAUAUCGUCUUCUAAUAUAAACUAUCUAUUAUCUCCUUUUCUUC